AACACAACAGCAAGAAAAAAGAUGAUUGAGAAAGCUAAACUAUCAGUUUCGUCUUAUGAUACAGCAUGGGUGGCUAUGGUUCCUUCUAAAGAAUCAAAGGAGAAGCCAUUGUUUCCCAAAUGUCUGGAAUGGAUUAUGGAGAAUCAGCAUCAUGAUGGAUCAUGGUCCCAUAAUCCAUACCAUCCAUUACUUGUUAAGGAUUAUCUCUCUUGUACUUUGGCUUGUGUUCUUGCUCUUCAAAAAUGGAAAGUUGGCCAAUCACUCAUCAAAAGAGGUCUAGGAUUUAUUGAGGCUAAUUGUUGGGCUGUCAAUGACGAGAGACAAUUGACACCAAUUGGAUUUGAUAUUACAUUUCCUGCCAUGAUAGAACUUGCAAUAGAGUAUGAAUUAGAGCUUCCUUUCCAUCCUGAAAUACUUGAUGUAUUACUGCAGAAGAGAGAAAAAGAAGUCGCAAGAUGUGAAUUGGAAGGAACUAAGACCUAUCUAGCAUACCUAAUUGAAGGGCUUGGAAAGAAAUGCACGUGGGAAGAGAUACGUAAACAUCAAAGAAGUAAUGGGUCAUUUUUCAAUUCACCAUCAGCAACUGCAGCUGCUUUAGUUUACAAUCAUAAUCAACAAUGUUAUGAUUACUUGAUCACCCUUUUAAAGAAUUCUGAUAAUGCAGUUGCCACAACUUAUCCGUUGGAAAUCUAUACCCAGCUUUGUGCAGUGGACAAUAUUCAAAAGUUAGGAAUUGAUGAUAGAUAUUUCAGAACAGAAAUAGAUAAUACUUUGGAUAAUAUAUACAGAUUAUGGAUGCAAAGAGAUGAAGAGAUAUAUUUGGAUGUGCGUUGUUGUGCUUUGGGAUUUCGUCUACUACGAUUGGGAGGUUACGAUGUUUCUUCUGAUGUGCUAGCACACGUCUCUGAAGAAGAACAUUUUUUCAAUACAGCAAGUCCACAAUUCAAAAGUACAAAAACAAUUUUGGAAUUGUUCAAAGCCUCAAAGUUAAUGAUAUACAAAAAUGAACUUGUUCUUGAGAAGUUAGAAGUUUGGACAUAUUCUUUCUUGAAACAACAACUAUUGACAGAUUCCAUUAAAGAUUCUAAGCUACGUGAAGAGGUGUGUCAUGCUUUAAGAUAUCGUUAUGAUAGUUUAAAUUUCAUUGAGAUGAGGUGGGAAAUAGAGCAACAAAAAACCAAAAGUGUUCAACUUCUAAAAACAUCUUAUAGCCUUAAUGAUAAUAAUGGCAAGCUAGUGGUGCUGGCAAUCCAACAAUAUAACAUGUGUCAAUCGUUGUAUCAAAAAGAAUAUCAGAAUCUUGAAAGAUGGGUUAAGAUUUGUAGAUUUGAGGAACUUGAUUUUGCAAGGGUUCUACUACUUAAUUGCUACUACACCAACUCUGCAGUCUUAGUUGCUCCUGAAUUGGCCGAUGCUCGAAUCUCCAUUACCAAAAAUUGUGUUCUAGCUACUGUUGUUGACGACUUUUUUGAUGUUGCCGGUUCCAAAGAAGAAUUGGAAAACCUAGUUCAGUUAACCCAAAAGUGGGGAGAAACUUCAACUAUUGGAUACCGCUCUGAGAAAGUUAAGAUCAUUUUUUCAGCACUUGAAGAUAUGAUUAAAGAGCUUAAUGUCAUUGCAUUCGAACAUCAUGGAAGAAAUGUUGAGCUUCACUUGGUCAAAAUAUGGCAAGAAUUGCUCAAUUCUAUGAUGAAAGAAGCUACAUGGGCUGGAGAGAAUGUAAUACCAUCGCUGAAUGAAUACAUGGAAAAUGCAUAUAUAUCUUUUGCCUUAGGACCAAUUUGUCAUAUAACAACCUAUUUUCUUGGAAUAACAUUGCCUGAAGAAGUAAUGAUAGGACCACAAGUAUAUAAUCUAUUUAAGUAUGUCAGCCUGGUUGGACGACUUCUUAAUGAUCUCCAAUCUUUCAAGAGAGAACGCGAACAAGGUAAAUACAACAGUGUAUCGCUACGCAUACUUCAUAGUCAAGGGAACAUGACAGAAGAAGAAGCCAUUGAAGGUGUAAUUCGAGACAUUGAGAUGUAUAGGAAAGAAUUACUACGACUAGCUGUGCAAAAGGAAGAUAAUUCGCUUCCAAAACGUUUCAGGGAGUUAUUUUGGAACUUUAGUAACGUAUUACACUACUUUUACAUGGACAAUGAUGGCUAUUCAAGUCCCAAAAAUAAAAUGUCCAGAGAUGCAAAAGUUGUAUUAUUUGAACCGAUUUCUCUUUUUUAGUGUAUUAUUACUGGUCAGGUUUGU